AAAUUGUUAUUACAAGAAAAUGAAUUUUAAGUAAAAUAUUGGUCUGAAUCUCAUGGGCAUUUAUGAGUCGUCGGCAGCACUAGAGUAAUACCAAGUGGAGAUACAGUAGUAAGUCAUACUAAGUCAAAGUGUCAAGAAAGCUAAAACCCUCAAAUCUCUGCACACUCACUUCACUUGCUAGGGUUUGCUGCUUCAGCUGCUAUUACUUACAACUUGUAUGUAUGUAUGUAUACUUGUCCGCCCACUUAAUUCUUCAAAUUGUUUGCAUUUUUCUAUGAUCCCAACUUGCGCAUUCUUGAUCCUAUUUUGGUCUGAAUUACAGACUAUACAAUACCCAGAUUUGGAUUUGAUGAAUUUGUUUCAGAUGUGUUGCUCCUUUUUACUUUGAUAACUUCGAAUUGAGUCGUUGAUAUAGCCUGAUCGUAUAUCGUUGAUAUGAAUUUCUUGUCUCGAAUUAAAUUAGUAUUUCUCAGUGGGACAAGGAGAUGGGUUUUUGUGGUGGUUUUAGUAGCUGUAACUCAUUUAUUUUGUCAGUCCCUCAUGCUUCCAUAUACGAAUUCUGUGCUCUCUCUGUUGCAACAUGGCAUGCUCCCACUGCAGGGGCAACUCAACAUCGUUAAUGCUUCAUCCGUCAGCAAUGACUCCGAAUCUGCAGCUACUACUCUACGCCUGGACAAGGGAUCUAAAAGCAGUGAUAAUUCAGAUAUCAAAGUUCCCUUGGAGACGGAUUUCGAUAUGGAAGGAAUUCAGGUGGAGAAUGCUCGUCUUCAAGAUGAUGUCUACACAUUGGAGACGAAGGCCAGCCUUUCACUGAAACAGAUUGCGGAACCGAUUACUUCAGUUUUUGAGAAAGAUGUUCCACAUAUAAAUGAAAGUCUUGCUUUAGAUAUUGCGAGUGCUCUUCCAUCUCCUCUUGUUCAAUUAAGGGAAGGGACUUCUUUGAUCAACAUCACAUUUCCAACUGAUUCCACAACUGUAAGCAUCGUUGACCAUUCAACUCCAAAUAUUUCCUUGCUUGACCGAGAAAUGGAGGAAUUCCCAACUGAUGGAGACCUUAUACUUCUUCCAAGUCAUAAUUUGGUCAAUGUUUCGGCAAACAUGAGUAAUCCUGUUAAGAAGAAAAUGAGGUGUUUGACGCCGCCAAAGUCAAUAACAUCACUAUAUGAGAUGAAUCGUUUAUUGCUCAGGCAUCGUCGUGCAAUGAGGCCAAGAUGGUCCUCAGAACGUGACCGCGAAAUUUUAGCUGCAAAGUCACAAAUUCAAAAUGCUCCAAUUGUGAGAAACAAUGCAGAACUGUUUUCUCCUCUCUUUCGUAAUGUUUCCACGUUUAAAAGGAGCUAUGAAAUCAUGGAACGCGUAUUGAAAGUUUAUGUAUACAAGGAUGGGGAAAAGCCUAUCUUCCAUCAACCCGUUCUCAAGGGCUUGUAUGCAUCUGAGGGAUGGUUUAUGAAACUGAUGGAGGGAAAUGGACAAUUUUCUGUGAAGGAUCCCCGAAAAGCACACUUGUUUUAUAUGCCCUUCAGUUCUCGCAUAUUAGGGAGCAUGCUAUAUGUACCAAACUCUCACAAUCGAACAGGUCUGCGUGGGUAUUUGAAGAAUUACGCUGAGAAGCUUGCAGCAAAAUAUCCCUUUUGGAACAGGACUGGUGGCGCAGAUCACUUCCUUGUUGCUUGCCAUGAUUGGGCUCCGUAUGAGACAAGGCAUCAUAUGGAACACUGCAUUAAAGCUCUCUGCAAUACAGAUGUAACUGAGGGCUUCAAAAUCGGAAGAGAUGUUUCCCUGCCAGAAACAUAUGUGCGAUCUGCAAGAAAUCCUCAAAGAGACCUCGGAGGAAAGCCACCUUCUCAAAGACAUGUACUUGCCUUCUAUGCUGGUAACAUGCAUGGAUAUUUGCGUCCUAUAUUGCUCAAGCAUUGGAAGGAUAAAGAUCCCGACAUGAAGAUAUUCGGUCCAAUGCCUCCUGGUGUUGCAAGUAAAAUGAAUUACAUUCAGCAUAUGAAGAGCAGCAAGUACUGCCUUUGCCCUAAAGGGUAUGAGGUCGCCAGCCCUAGGAUUGUUGAAGCCUUCUUUUACGAGUGCGUACCUGUGAUUAUAUCUGACAACUUUGUGCCGCCAUUUUUUGAGGUUUUGAAUUGGGAUGCAUUUGCGAUAAUUCUAGCAGAGAAAGACAUUCCGAACUUGAAAAAUAUACUUCUAUCCAUCUCUCAAGAGAAGUACCUAGAAAUGCAGCUUGCAGUUCGGAAGGUGCAGAGGCAUUUUAUAUGGCAUGCUAAACCGACAAAGUAUGAUCUCUUUCACAUGACUCUUCAUUCCAUCUGGUACAACAGAGUGUUUCAGUUCAAACCGAGAUAAUAACCUGAGAUAUAUUUCUUCGAGCAUCUAGGCUAGUAAAAAAUAAAACAAGGCUUAGUUCCGAGGAAUUUUCAUGCGAUUGAGAUGCCUAUAAAGGGGUGCAACAUUUUGAGAUUUUCGGGGGUUUUCCUGUAACUAGCUAUAGUGAGAGUGGACCUAUACCUGAUAUUUUAAGCUGUUGAAUUGUAACUAGCUUUUGUACAUAUGCUGUAACAUUUCCUAUUAAAACAGAUUUACCACA